GCCGUCUCAGCGGGCGGGGGCGCCCGAGCUUGCGCUCGCCUAAAUGCUUCCUCUGUCUUAGAGACGGCCUCGACGAAGCCGCUGGGGAGAUGCUCUCUGCAGCUCACCAGUUGCUCCGAAGCUGCAAAGGGAGAUGGCAAGCCCCGUCUCGGAUUCCGAUGCUUCCGGGCCCUGCUUUUGCCGGCGGGGGGCGAAGAACAGGCGGCUGCAUUCUCCAAAGGGUCCGGUUGCAGAUGCUGUGCGUGAGACAAACUGGAAAUUUGAGGCACCACAGAAGAGCCCUGUAUAGUACUCUAGUGCCAUCUGAUGAAGUAACUGUUCAUUAUAAACAUGGUCUGCCUGUGAUAACACUUACAUUACCUUCAAGAAAAGAACGUUGCCAGUUUACUGUCAAGCCAAUGCUAACAACUGUGGGCACCUUCUUACAAGACAUAAAGAGAGAAGAUAAUGCAAUUGAAAAGGUAGAAGUCUUCACAGCAGAUGGCAGCAUGAUUUCCAAGUCAGCACUGAUGGAAGUUCUGUUAAUGAAUGAUUUUAAACUCAUUGUCAAUAAUGCAGAAUAUAGUGUAUAUCCACCAGUGAAAGAUAAAAUGAGUACAGAGCAUGCCACAGAGAUGGAUGACAUCAAGUCAACAGUCCAUAAGUUAUUUGUAGCACUUCACUUAGAAGAGCACCAGACGAGAAAAGAGAGAGAGCUAAUGCAAAAAAUGGAACUUCUGAAGGAAGAACUGCUCCCUUUAGAACAGACAAAGGCUAGAAUUGCAAAAGAUAUUGAUGCGAAGACUUCUCGCCUUCUAUGGAUUGGUUUAGCCUUAAUGUCUACUCAGGGUGGAGCCCUGGCUUGGCUAACCUGGUGGGUCUACUCAUGGGAUAUUAUGGAACCUGUUACUUAUUUUAUCACCUAUGGAAGUGCCAUGGCAUUCUAUGCUUACUUUGUACUUACUAAGCAGGAUUACAUUUAUCCAGAUGCUCGAGACAGGCAAUUCCUCCACUAUUUUCACUGGAAAUCUAAAAGCCAGAACUUCGAUGUGGUUCAAUAUAACAAGCUAAAAGAGGAUCUGACAGAGGUAGAAGAAUCGUUGAAACGACUGAGGGACCCCUUACAACUGCAACUUCCAGUGCAAGAAAUCAGUGACAAACAUUAAUUUGCUUAAGCCUUAGCCCAGUUUUUCUCAACCUUGGGAACUUUAAGAUGUGUGAACUUCAACUCCCAGAAUUCCCAAGCCAGCAUGCUUGUUGGAAAUUCUGGAAAUUGAAGUCCACACAUCUUAAAGUUGCUAAGGUUGAGAAACACUACUUUAGCCUGUUUAGGUGCAUCAAAAAAAUUAGAAACUGGACAUUCUAACCCACUGUAUUAAAGCUGAAUGUACAAGACUUUACUGAAAAAACCCAAAAUCAUACUUUUUGUAUAUAUCAUUAAUCCUCAGUGUUCUAGUUUAGAAAGCGCAAGCAGCUAAUCCAUCUUAAUCUUGGAUGGCCAAUCCAGUCUCAGUUAAACAAAACAAUGUUUCUAAAGGAUUAUUUUAUUCUUGGGUGCUUAUAUUUGAAUGCAAUUUUCAUAAUGAACUAAAUAAAAACAGAUACUAGUU